AUGCCGGCAUGUCGCGUUACCCACCCGGCUGGCCUUCCUGGACACAGGAAGAAUUGUCAACUCCCGGUGCGGGACCUUCAGGAUCCCAAUUUCACGAAGAUGAGCGAGAGCUCAACAUUGAUACAGCGGGCACGUACGGAGCGCGCAGCCACUUAUGUCCCAUAA